AUGAGUCAAUUUCAUUUGUUCCCGUCGCCUUCACUGGAGGUGAAAGCAGCCAAAAAUCCCUUUCGCAAAGGAGUCAAACGACCGAUGAACGAUGUUCAACCUAGCUCCCCGCUCUCUUUAGAGGCGACUAAGGAAUCAGCCAAAACUGAAUCGGUAUUGCUCCAAAUAAUUGAAGACACUCGUCGUAUUCCUCCACCUCCAGCAUUACCGGCGCCUGAUUCACGACCCCGAACUCCCUCGUUGCCAGAGGCAUCAGCUAAUUUGAAGUCGUCGUCGCCCCCGCGCACCGAUAGCCGUCAAUCCAACAAGCCUUGUCAUCGAGCAUUACCCUCGCAGGCUAGCUCGAAUACUAACAGCAGCAGUGAUGCUCAUACAGUGGGCUCAGGUGCAUUGUCACAAUCAUCAAAGUCGUCUGCUCCACCGGAGCAGAUGAGAUCAAUGUUUCCUCGGCUAGAUUCGAAGUUUUUACCCGCCAUGCACGAUCACACCCCAAAAUCUAAUAAUAGUACAUCGCCUCCAAUGGGCUCUCACAAUGUCAAUCUAAUGCUUGCAAAGUCUCCAGAGACAAGCUCUCCAGAUAUCGAUCAUGUCCUUGGACCAAAGACUGUCCCCGCCAGUGUGUUGAACUUCCCAACGGGGUUUUCAGAACCAGAGGAAAUUAGAUAUUCUUCUAAAGAAGAAUUAGAGACUUUAUGGGAAGCCGCCAAUGGACAAAGACCGCAGAGUCUUGUUGGUAAAUUUCAUCUACGCCUUAGAAGGACUGGACCCGCAACAUUCACAUUCGGUGACUCUGAGCAACCAUUCUAUACGUUACAGACCUAUUCAAAUGAUGAAUUGGCUAUUUCCCGUGCAAUGCCAUCAAAACCAAACAGCAAUGUGCCGAUCAUGACACUGAGCCUCGAAAAGCGAACGAGACGAGACCAGCCCAAUGACGGUCUUGUUGCUCUUCUUUUCUCCAGACUAGCGGCGAUGCUUGCCAUUGAUGAAGCUGGUGAACUCAGCAAGCUUCACAAAUUCGAUCCAUCUGAAGCUGCCGAUAUUGAAAAGAAAGUAUUGAAACGAGCAGCAGCGGAGGAAUCUUGUCGCUUAUCCUGGAAUUGCAAUUCGAGACUAUAUGAGCUUCGGCACCCAUCACUGUCAAAACGCCAGCCUCCAGCACUUGUCGGGGCCGCAGGCAUCCCCCUCUCGCCCGUCAGGUCUCAAUCAUCUGGGCUUCUGCAUAUCACUGUUUCUGCACCAUCCAGCCACUUCACUCCUCAUCAACCACCAACAAUUAUUGUUACUGGCCCUAUGUCAUCGACGGCUUUUAAUGCCUCGCAGCAAGCCGCAAACGUACGCACGUCAACUUUGCCACUAUCUGAUUCCGACGAGACGGAUGAGCCAUUGGCAUCUCUCGAUUUUGCAACACGAACACUGUCUAUUUCCCCUGCAGCUAUCAUUGAAACCAUUCCCUCGCUCUAUGCGAUUGACUCACUGAUUGCGGCCAUGCUGGCAGUCGCAGUCUCUGAUGAAGUCACAAAUCCCAUACUGGCAGACAUGGUACUAGGAUCACCCGCAUUACCGGAGGAACGCAAGGUGUCUGAGCCCGCCUAUGGACUACCCUUCCGUGGGCAGCUCAUCACUACUCUAGCUGAGCGCGAGGAUUACGCUGAGAGUCUCCACUUAGCAUCUCAAAUUGAAGCCUCGAACUUCAAAGCCGAGCGUGAAUCGAAAAACAAAGGCUUUUUCCAAUUCUGGAAUAAUUCAAAAUCUUCUUCGAGGGCUGGCUCCCGAUCAUCAAAGAAGAAUCAGGAGGUUGUGAUUGAGGAGUUUGAUUUAGAGAAGUAUGGCCGCUACGGCAAGAGCUCAUCGCGCAAGGACGAGAAAUUACCUAGCAUUACCCGGACCCUACUGAAAGUUUUGUUCUUCGGGCUAAAUUUGAUUGUCAAAGGAUUGACUCUCUUGGUCAAAUUGCUGGCAUGGCUUGUUGUCAAGUUGACUCAAUGUGUGACCAGCGAAAAGUUUUGA